AUGAACCUGUCUUCGCCAGGCCGACUUGCGAAUUCCCAUCGAAGGCUGAUUUGCCAAUUGAGACUGAUAAUGACUUCGGCUCCGACUAUUCUUGCGACGUGCAAGCAGACGCGGUUCCAUCUUUUGGAUGAGAACCCGUCGACUGAGAUUGAUGUAGAGGGCCUCAGUAUUACAAUCACCUCCGCUGGUGCAGAAUCUCCAGACGAACCUUCGAAAUCAAAGGUCAAGGGGAAAUCCAAGGCAAAGGCUCCUGGAAAAGAGCUCAUCUCCGACGCUCACCUCCGUCUGAAGGGUGGGGUUCACUAUGGCCUACUCGGUCGCAAUGGAACCGGAAAGUCCACACUCCUGCGCGCAAUGGCCGAUAAACUCAUUCCCGGAAUUCCGCAUGUCACUCGGAUUGCAAUUCUUCAGCAAACUGGCGUGGAUGACGAGUCUGGAGGCUACGGGAGGUUAAGACCAGAUAAAACGGUCUUGGAUGCAGUUCUCAGCAGUGAUGAGACGAGGAAUGAAGUAAUGUACACAGCAGAUUUUCUUUCUAAAAGCUUUGACACGGAUGAUCCCCUGGAACCGGUCAAGGCGAUUCGCAAGAUUCAGUAUCGCCAAGCCGAGAAGAAUCUCUUCCUUGCUCAUAAGAAUGCCAACCUCAAAAGUGGUGCGAGAGGUUUCCAGGCACGAAAGGAUCUGAAGACAGCGGAGGCCAAUAUGGAAUCUGCGACUGAACGAAUGGCUCAAAAUGCCCAGUCUAUCGAUGCAGACGCCGUUCAAGUGGAUACACAAGCUGCAGUAGAGACACUUCAGACUUUGCAGUCACAGCUCGAGGAUAUGAACCUGGCAGAUAUGGAGAAAGAAGCUCGUCGAAUCCUUCUAGGCCUCGGUUUCAAAGAAGAAAACCUCGAGAAAAAGGUCUCCACCCUAUCAGGCGGCUGGCGAAUGCGUUGCAUGCUCGCAAGCGUCCUGGUCCAAUCCCCGGACAUCAUGAUCCUCGACGAGCCUACCAAUUUCUUGGAUCUUCUAGGAGUCGUCUGGCUUGAGAAUUAUCUCCAGCAACUGCGCGAGACGUCCGAAACGACAAUCCUUCUAGUCUCGCACGAUCGCGAUUUCAUCAAUGCCGUUUGCGAAGAAAUUGUAUUUCUACGAGAUCAAAAGCUCACCUAUUUCCGGGGAAACCUCGCUGCCUACGAGCAAGACUUUGAAGAGCAGAAACUGUACUUGGGACGCAUGAAGGAAUCACAGGAACGACAAAUCGCACACAUGGAAGCGAGUAUUCGGGAGAACUUGAAGAUCGGCAAAAAGACCAACGACGACAAUAAGCUUCGGCAGGCAAAAUCUCGACAGAAGAAAGUGGAUGAUCGGAUGGGGCUACAGGUGAAUGCUAAUGGCCAUCGCUUCAAGCUCAACCGUGAUCUGGUUGGGUUCCAUUUGAGCAGCCGCGCAGAGAUUGAGGUGCCACAGGACGAGAGGGGUGCGUCGAUGGCCCUACCCGAGGUGACAGAACUGCGAUUUCCCGGGCCAUUAGUAUCGCUUGAAGGAAUCAACUUCCGGUAUCAGAAGAAUGACCGGGUAAUUCUGGACGAUGUGAAUCUCGUGGUGCAUCUCGGUGAUCGCGUGGGUAUCAUGGGCCUGAAUGGAUCUGGCAAGACCACUUUGAUUCGCAUUCUGAACGGCCAGAUGCCGCCAUCAAAGGGCAAGGUGUCGACCCAUCCUCGACUGAAGGUGGGCUACUAUGGCCAGCAUUCUGUCGAAGAGUUGCAGGAGCGUGGUCGGAGUGAGCCCACUUUGACUGCGCUGGGGUUGUUGACCGCUGAAACAGAAGGCCGUCUGAAUGAAGGUGCCAUUCGUGGUCUGCUCUCGUCCAUGGGCUUGGCCGGUCGCAUUGCGUCGGAUGUGCCCGUGGCCAAACUGUCCGGUGGACAACUCGUACGGCUGGCUUUGGCGCGAAUCGUGUGGGCUUCACCCCAGCUGCUCAUUCUGGAUGAAAUUACCACUCAUUUGGAUUUCCACACGGUGACCGCUCUAGCUACCGCGCUUUCCUCAUUCGAUGGAGCCAUCAUUCUCGUCUCACACGACCGUUUCCUAGUUCGAUCUGUGAUUGAAGGCAAGCGAGAUACGGAGCAUAAGCUUGAUGAAGACUUUGAGGGUGUGGAAGAGGAAGAGUCCACCGAGUCUGCUCCACGACGCCGGUCAGUGUACGUGCUCAAGGCGGGCCAGAUGAAUGAGCAGUCAACUGGAGUGGAGCAAUUCGAGAAGAGCCUGGUGAAGCGAGUACAAAGGCUACUCAAAUAG